UGUGUCAGUUAGGACCCCAGUUUAGUAUGUAGUGGAGAUGCACGACAAAAAAAAAAAAAAACGUUUCAAAAGUCACCCACUCGUUUGGCUAAUUUCACAGUUCAUAACGAAACAAGAUGUGUGAGUAGGUUUUAAGUAGUAAAUAUAUCGUGUUUUAUGUAAAUAAAUAAAUAAAUAAACGUGUCCUCGUGCACACGCUGAUGACAUCACACAAUGUUUUCAGCACCGACCGCUGUAAUGGUAUGGCGUACCACGCUGAGGAGGACACGCUGGAGUCAUGGUUCGAAAAAGCCACCCAUCGAACAAACAGAGAGGAGGACUGGGAAUAUAUAAUUGGCUUCUGUGAUCGAGUCAACAAGGAACCAGAAGGUCCUGAGAAAGCCAAACAUCUACUUUUGACCAAAAUCGCCUGUUCUCAAGAAUGGGAGGCGCUUCAGGCUCUGACGGUACUGGAGGCGUGUAUGAAGAACUGCGGGAGACGGUUUCAAAAGGAAGUCACGAGAAAUCAUUUUUUAACAAACCUGUUUCGAAUCGUUUGGACAGAGUACCUCGGAGACAGAACACCUCCAAAGGUGACGAAAAGGAUUGUAGAGCUGGUGUGUAGCUGGACGGCUGCUUUUCCCAACGAAAAGGAGUUUAUUAAGACCUUCAAGGCUUUGAAGAGCAUAGGCCUUGUGACGCCUGACAUGGUGCUUACAGUGGACAGGACUCUGAUUCUCUCAUCUCCAACGCACUCUAAACACCCCAUGUUUGACAACAAAGACAUAAACACACUGCUCGCUGAGCUUCUCCGGAGUAAAAACCCAGAAGAUCUUCGGGAAGCCAACAGAUUAAUCAAGAGCAUGGUGAAAGAGGACGAGGCUCGCGCGCAGAAGGUCACAGAACGAGUGCAGACUUUGGAGGAGGUGAACAACAACGUCAAGCUGCUGACCGAGAUGCUGUCGCAUUACGAUAAGGACGCUUCCACUGACUCCGAUAAGGAGAUUCUUAAGGAGCUCUACAAGCGCUGUGAAAAACUGAGAAGUGCUGCUUUCAAGAUGGCCUCUGAGUCAGAGGACGAUGACCUUACUUUAGGCGACAUCCUCCAGGCCACUGACGAUCUCUCCAGAGUCAUUAACGCGUUUAAGAAGAUCGCUGGGGGGGAGCAGGUUGACAGCAGCAGAGAAGAACCUCAUCCUGCAGCAGUGACCACAGAUACACUGGUUGACAUCAGCUGCCUCAAUACCCCCACCCUUCUUGAACCUGCGCCCCCUCCUUCCCAGUACUCACCACCCAUUUUUGCCAGCGACACAACAUCCCCUAUCCCCAUCCUGCCGCCUCCUCCCAGCAUCUUCGGCGUGGGCAGCCAUCUUAGACGACGUAGAAGAACAUGUCACCUCUCCCUAGACUCUUCCCCCCCCUCUCUUUCUGUACUUGAUGAUGAGCUGCUGUCUCUGAACCUGAAUAAUAACUCUACCUCCAAAGAAAAAGACGCGCAAACAAAACCCAUGUUGAAAGAAAUCUCCAGGCCGUGGACGUCACUGCAGGCCCCAGCGUCAAGUGUGGAUGUGUUUGGCCGUGUAGCUUGUUCGAGGACAGCAGUGGCUCCACCUGAAGCUGCUGCCUCACACAGUUUGCAGAGCCUCCAGGAUCUGGCAAUGAUGGACUUUUCACAUCUCAAGAAAUCGAAGCCCAGCCAAUCAGGAGCCACAGGAAGCAGCUUUGGGUUAACAGCAGCAGCACCUCCCCUCAUACCUGGGGAGGGUGCCCCUCCCUGUGCUGUUCUUCACUCAGCAACGCCCGGCUCUCCUGCUCUGUCCCAUUCAAAGGCCAUGGUACCGGGGAGCCCACAGUUCUGUUCUCUGUCCCCUGGUCCUCUGUAUAUCCACGGCAGCCCGUCCAGAGGCACAGACAUCUCCCUCAGCAACGUUCACGUCGCUCCAGAGGCGAUCAAACCCAGUAAAAUCUUGCCGGUGACGGCCUACGAUAAGGAUGGCGUUCGAGUCCUGGUUAACUUUGCGUCUGACUGUCCUCCGGGGAGGCCUGACGUCUUGGUCAUGGUGGUGACCACGGUCAACACAGCGCCCGUGCAUGUUCACAACAUGGUCCUGCAUGCUGCUGUCCCCAAGUCAAUGAAGGUAAAGCUGCAGCCUCCAUCAGGAACAGAACUGGCACCGUUCAACCCCCUGCUACCUCCAGCGUCAAUUACUCAAAUCCUGCUGCUGGCCAAUCCAGCGAAGGAAAAGGUGCGUUUGCGCUACAAGUUGACUUUCACACAGGGAGAGCGUCUGCGCGACGAGGCUGGGGAGGUGGACCAGUUCCCCCUCCCAGAGAAGUGGGGUCAUCUGUAGCUAGAGAAAAGGCCUGUUCUUACUCUGUAGACAAGGUCAUCCCAGAGGAAACAGGAGGGGUCGGAAAUCCAGCUUUACAA